AUGGCCUCUGUGUGGCUGGGCCUUCUGCUCUUGAUAUCCCUCUGGGGGUUCUCUGUUCCAGUUUCCCUGCUGAGGCGCCUGGGAGAGCAAGUUCAGAAGUUUCAGGAGAGUUCAAGCCUAGGCCUUGGCCUGGGCCCUGGGCCUAUGGCUCUCCCAAAGGAGGGUUGGCUGGAGCAGCCGCUGGACCCCUUCAAUGCAUCGGAUGCCCGGACCUUCCUGCAGCGGUACUGGGUGAAUGACCAGCACUGGACCAGCCCAGAUGGACCCGUGUUCUUGCAUUUGGGGGGCGAAGGCAGCCUGGGGCCUGGCUCAGUGACGAGAGGGCAUCCUGCAGCCCUGGCCCCAGCCUGGGGGGCCCUGGUGAUUGGCCUGGAACACAGAUUUUAUGGCCUGAGCGUACCCCCUGGAGGCCUGGAGAUGGCCCAGCUCCAAUUCCUGUCCAGCCGUCAUGCGUUGGCCGACGUGGUCUCUGCCCGCCUGGCCCUCCCUCGUCUCCUCAACAUCUCGGCCUCCAGUCCCUGGAUCUGCUUCGGAGGCUCCUACGCCGGCUCCCUGGCGGCCUGGGCCCGGCUGAAGUUCCCGCACCUCCUCUUUGCCGCUGUCGCAUCAUCCGCCCCGGUGCUCGCGGUGCUGGAUUUCUCCGGGUACAACGACGUGGUGUCCCGAAGCCUCCUGAACCCCGAGAUCGGCGGUUCCCCCGAGUGUCGCGCCGCCGUGUCCGCGGCCUUCGAGGAGGCGCAGCGGCGGCUGCGCGCGGGCGGGACGGCCCGGGCCCGGCUGCGCACCGAGCUGGGCGCCUGCGGGCACCUGGACGGCGCCGAGGACCAGGCGGAGCUGCUGGAGGCGCUGCAGGCGCUGGUGGGCGGCGCGGUGCAGUACGACGGGCAGGCCGGGGCGCCGCUGAGCGUGCGGCAACUCUGCGGGCUGCUCGUCCCGGAGCCCGGCAACUGCAGCCGCUCGGCGCCCUACGGAGGGCUUCGUCGGGCUGCCAAGGUGGUCAUGCACAGCCUGGGCCAGAGAUGUUUGAGCUCUCCCCGGGCAGAGACAGUGGCACAGCUGAGAAACACAGAACCCCAAAUGUCUGGCAUUGGUGACCGGCAGUGGCUGUAUCAGACCUGUACCGAGUUUGGCUUCUACGUCACCUGUGAAGGCCCUCAGUGCCCCUUCUCGCGGCUCCCAGCACUGCCCUCCCACCUGGCCCUCUGUGAAGAGGUGUUUGGGCUCGCCCUCUCCUCCAUCGCCCAGGCUGUGGCCCAGACAAAUGCCUACUAUGGGGGCCUGACACCAGGAGCCACUCGGGUGCUUUUUGUGAACGGCGACACAGACCCCUGGCAUGUGCUCAGUGUGACCCAGAACUUAGGACCCUCAGAGACAGCCCUUCUCAUCCCCAAUAGCUCCCACUGUUUGGACAUGGCCCCCGAGAGACCCUCAGACUCUCCCAGCCUCCGUCGGGGACGCCAGGCCAUCGCCCAGCAGCUGCAGACUUGGCUCCGGCUGGCAAAGGAGAGCCAGCCUCUCCACACUUUUGGGGUGGGGGAACUCCAGGAGGUGGAAGCUGCUGCACCUCCACCUGCAGACCCGGGAUUCCCCCAGAAUACUGCGGCCCUGAGCAGUCCCCUGCACCCCGAGACUGCCACUGCUGGGCUGGAGGUUCGAGCGGACCUUAGACCAGGUCGCAACGUGGACUUGCUGGUUUCCCCUGCACCGGCUGCACACAAGGGCGCUGCUGCUGCAGAAAGUGGGGUCGGGAGAGGGACAGGGAGCAGGUCCCGAAGGACCCAGGACCAGCCGAGCGGGCUCGGUGGCUCCAAAUUCGUGGGCGCCUUUCACUGCAUCUCAUCCUCGGGACCCCGGGAUCGGCGAGAAAACGCCCCUCGAUCGACAGGAUCCCGCCUCCCCCCUGGGCUGGCUUGA